GUGAAUGUUUAUUUAUUUGUGAUUAUUUCCACAGAAAGGUAUAUGGGUUUGUUAGGGUGAUGUGGUGGUGUGUGAAGAUCUGGGGGAACUGCUGAUGAGGUUUUGUUUGCAGCGAUGAAGACGGGAGCUAUGGAAGCUGUCUUGGUUACUCUGAAUAACAACAUCAGUUUCAUGGGUAAGACGUGGUGGGUGUUCACGGUGACCCUCCGCCUCUCCUCCCUCCUCCUCUCGGGCUUCACCCUCUUCUACGACGAGCAAGAUCAGUUUGUCUGCAACACCAUCCAGCCUGGCUGCACCAACGUGUGUUUCGACGUCUUCUCUCCCCUCUCCCUCUUCCACUUCUGGCUGCUCCAGCUCCUGUCCCUGAGCCUCCCUCACCUGCUGUUCCUCACAUACGUCACCCACAGAGUCCUGUCCUCCCAGAGCGUCAGAGCUCCUCGCCGCUCCUCAGAGAGGACACGGACCAGCUCUCUCUCCACCCUGCGCCCAACUCCCUCCAGUGAAACUCACCUCGGCGUCGCCCCUCCGAGCCUCCCGCCGGCCGGUUGGUCCUCGGCCAGCUAUCCAUGCGCUUCCUUCCUGGAUUCGUCCGCUCGCGUCCUCCUGGAAGCCGCUUUCGUGGCCGCUCAGCUCUACCUCUAUGGUCUCUCCGUGCCGCGCAGCUUCCUGUGUUACGAGGCUCCGUGCGUGUCCGGCGUGGCCUGCUACACCUCCAGGCCCACGGAGAAGACCUUAAUGAUGAUCUUCAUGCUGGGAGUCGCUUCCCUCUCCUUCCUGCUCGGCCUGAUCGACUUGGCUUGUUCCCUGAGGCGCGUGGCGGGACGCAAGAGGAAGAGGGAGGUGCUGAAUGAGGAAGAGCUGAGCAGAGGGGAACAGAACAUCGUGUUUAUGGGUAACGGAGUUCUGGAGGACAAGACUGCUCCGAACGGAGGGGAGGGACUCUGGAGGGGAGUCGACGACCGUGCCACGCCCGCCGCUGCCGCCGACUCCUCCGUGAACGCCGUCGUUCCACAAGCUCCCAGGAUCCACCUGGUCGGCCUCGGCGGCGCCUCGAUCGCACGUGGCCGCGUGCUCCGAGAGGGCGGGAGGUCGGCGGCGUCCGCGUUCAGCUACGUCCUGCAUGACGACACGCCAUCCCCGUCUCCUCAGAGGGACCGGCGGACAGCGCCCGGCCCCGGCGUCAUCAUCACCACGCCAACGGGAAACAAGAGGCUGGGCCAGUACGCCUCCAUGGUGGGCACCGGGGAGGAGCAGCACUCUGACAGCAGUGGGAUCCAGGAUAAGAGGGCGUAUGUGUGACUCGGCACAGGGCCUGUCCGUUUAAGGGUUAGCUGAGGAAACUUGAGGGAGUUUGUAAAAUAUCUAUACUCAUAGGUUAUUUUAUACCUUAUAUGAAUAUAUAUUAUUUUCUUCAUUGUGGAUAUAUAAAGAAAAUCCAUCCAUCGCAUAUGGAUAUUAGUU